CUUCUUCCCCCCCCCCUCUCCCCUCUCCCUUCUUGUCAUCGCUCGACUCACAUCCAUGGUUUUUUCAUGCCAUUGAGUCGCCAUGGCCACUUCUACCUCUAACCGCGGGGGCGCUCGAUUGGAGCUAGCCAACCCAGGCACAGUCAAGAUCAAUGUGAAGGGUGCCUUUAUUGUUGACGAUGACCCUCGGUCCAAAAGUCCCGUAAGGACCGAUGGGGUGCAUUAUGAAGGUCAUGAUAUUAGACUUCCGAAUCACAAAGAGAUUAGUCAUGUAGCUGUUGAUAUCGGCGGAUCGUUGGCAAAGCUCGUUUACUUCACUCGAGAGAUCGAUUCUGCCGACAAUGGCGGUAGACUCAACUUCAUCAACUUCGAAACCUCCCGCAUCGACCUGUGCAUUGAUUUUAUCAAAGAACUGAAAGCCGAACACGAGAAGCUGAAGGGCACAUCGGGAACGGAACUAUGUGUGAUGGCUACAGGAGGCGGUGCCUAUUUGUACUAUGACAAGCUGAAGGAGUCCCUCAAUGUGGACAUCAUCCGGGAGGAUGAGAUGGAAUGCCUCAUUACUGGUCUUGACUUCUUCAUUACCGAGAUUCCCAACGAGGUCUUUACCUACAGCGAAACCGAACCUAUGCAGUUUGCCGAGGCCCGACCGGAUGUUUACCCAUACCUAUUAGUCAACAUUGGCUCCGGCGUAUCCAUGAUCAAAGUCUCCGGCCCCAAGCAAUUCCAACGUGUUGGUGGUACACAUCUGGGUGGUGGUACAUUCUGGGGUCUUAUGUCGCUGCUGACGGGCGCCCGAACAUUUGACGAUAUGCUAGCAAUGGCAGAUCGGGGCGACAACAGCGGAGUCGACAUGUUGGUAGGAGAUAUCUACGGCAUGGACUACAGCAAGAUCGGUCUCAAGAACACUGCUAUCGCAAGCACGUUCGGUAAAGUAUUCCGCCUCAAGAAUCAGAAUCAAGUAGGCCAGCAGAUAUCCGAUGGAGCCGGGGUGUCCCAGGAGGAGCUCGAUUCGAGGAACGGUGACCCAAAGUUUAAGCCCGAAGACAUGAGCAGGAGUUUACUCUAUGCUAUCAGUAACAAUAUUGGACAAAUUGCCUAUCUGCAGUCCGAGAAACACCAAGUCAAGCACAUAUAUUUUGGCGGCUCCUUUAUCCGAGGACACCGACAAACUAUGAACACUCUAUCCUACGCCAUCAAGUUCUGGUCCAAGGGCGAGAAGCAAGCUUACUUCCUGCGUCACGAAGGCUACAUCGGGUCCGUGGGUGCAUUCCUGCGCAGACAGCCUGCCAACUGGGGCCGGAGAAACAGCAUCGACGAGGCAUCCCUGCAGGAGCUGAAGGCGGCUUUGGAAGCCAAGCACCAAGCUAGUCAAAAGAACUCAUCCUAAAGGCUGAAAUUCCGGACAGCAUGCAUGCUGGACAAGAUGUGUCCGGCCCCCUCCACAUUUUUGAGCGUUUGAUACCCGUCGAUUGUGAUGACAUCGUACUACUGCAUUCUAUACUGUUUUAUUCUAGAGCUUUUGUAAUCCUCGACCACAUCAUAUUUCAAAGAUAUCUUACAUUUUGAACUAGACCACGACUCAGAUUGUGCUUGCUGAGUACAUGUUGUCGGCUUCGCGUCUAUAGAAUGUCUUCU